AUGCUUGUAUAACAAAUGAGCCACUAAAUUAUGAAAAUUUAUAUUAUCGGGUCAUUCUUCGGUUCUGUUCUAAUUUCUAACAACAUUGAUAAAAAGAAGCCAACCCUAGCCGGCCCACCGUCCAAGCUAUUAAGCUAACGGAACGGAUUAGUGCGACACCGUUUGCUUUUGCACCUCGCAUCAUCUGCCGAACCCCGCACCCGACGGUCAAAUAGACGACAUCUCGUCCGUUCAAUCCCCCGAGAAUCCAACGGCUAGCAAUAAACCCUAAUGACGUUGUUCUCUUGCUCUCAUCUGCCACUCUUUAAAAGCCGCGCGGUUCUCUCAUCUGUGUCUGUCCCCUCAAUCCAUCGCCACACAAACUCAGCUGCUCAUCACUCUCUCUCGGGAAUUCGUAUCGACAAUCGCCCUCUCGUCAACGCCGGCGAGAGAAGGAGAAGCUCUUCUUCUGCGGUGAAGUCUCCGAUCUCCUGUUUCCUCAUCCUUCGCCUGUUUCGGCGAUCAAUUCCACGCUUGUCCCUCCUUUGAAUUGCUCUCAGUUGCCGAGCAAUUUCUGCUUCUCUAUGCCCUUCUCUUGCAUGCGACCUUAGCACAGCUCGUUUGUGAUUUAGAUCGUCUCUUUCUCGCAGUCUUCGUGCUUUUACAUAGUGUAGUCUUCUCGCUGUUCGAUUGUUUUGUUUAGUUUAUGUACAUCUCCGCUUAUUUGAAUAUAUAUGUAUCCCUGAUAAUCAUAAUUCGAUCUAUGUGUGAAAUAUGAACUGUCGAUUGACUUGUUCGAUUAUGUUGGAUUGGAUGCAUAAUCAUUCUGGAUUCGAUUGUUUAGUUUAUGGAAUGAUUGGCAUUGUUAGUAUUUGUGCUGAUGGGAAGUUCCGUUCCCUGUAUUGCAGUUGUAUUUGCUGGUAAUUCAGAAUGGGUAAGGAAAAAGUUCAUAUCAACAUUGUUGUCAUUGGCCAUGUCGACUCUGGGAAGUCAACCACCACCGGCCACUUGAUCUACAAGCUUGGAGGUAUUGACAAGCGUGUGAUCGAGAGGUUCGAGAAGGAAGCUGCUGAGAUGAACAAGAGGUCAUUCAAGUACGCAUGGGUGCUUGACAAGCUCAAGGCUGAGCGUGAGCGUGGUAUCACCAUUGAUAUUGCCCUGUGGAAGUUUGAGACCACCAAGUACUACUGCACAGUCAUUGAUGCUCCGGGACAUCGCGAUUUCAUCAAGAACAUGAUUACUGGUACCUCCCAGGCUGAUUGUGCUGUCCUCAUCAUUGACUCCACCACUGGUGGUUUCGAGGCUGGUAUCUCCAAGGAUGGCCAGACCCGUGAGCAUGCUCUCCUCGCCUUCACCCUUGGUGUCAAGCAGAUGAUCUGCUGCUGCAACAAGAUGGAUGCCACCACCCCCAAGUACUCGAAGGCUAGGUAUGAUGAAAUCGUGAAGGAAGUUUCAUCCUACUUGAAGAAGGUUGGGUACAACCCAGACAAGGUUCCAUUUGUUCCCAUCUCUGGGUUCGAGGGAGACAACAUGAUUGAGAGGUCGACUAACCUUGACUGGUACAAGGGCCCAACGCUUCUUGACGCUCUAGACAACAUCAACGAGCCCAAGAGGCCAUCAGACAAGCCACUCCGUCUCCCACUUCAGGAUGUGUACAAGAUCGGUGGUAUUGGAACUGUGCCAGUGGGUCGUGUUGAGACCGGUGUCAUCAAGCCCGGUAUGGUUGUUACCUUUGGUCCCACUGGGCUGACAACUGAGGUCAAGUCAGUUGAGAUGCACCAUGAAGCUCUCCAGGAGGCUCUCCCUGGUGACAACGUCGGGUUCAACGUGAAGAAUGUCGCUGUCAAGGAUCUCAAGCGCGGGUUCGUUGCCUCCAACUCCAAGGAUGACCCUGCGAAGGAGGCUGCCAACUUCACCUCCCAGGUCAUCAUCAUGAACCACCCUGGCCAGAUUGGAAACGGCUACGCCCCAGUUCUCGACUGCCACACCUCCCACAUUGCUGUGAAGUUCUCUGAAAUCAUGACCAAGAUCGACAGGCGAUCCGGAAAGGAGAUCGAGAAGGAGCCCAAGUUCUUGAAGAAUGGUGAUGCCGGGUUCGUGAAGAUGAUUCCGACCAAGCCCAUGGUGGUGGAGACCUUCUCCGAGUACCCACCUCUUGGUAGGUUCGCCGUGAGGGACAUGAGGCAGACUGUUGCUGUGGGUGUCAUCAAGGCCGUGGAGAAGAAGGAUCCUACUGGUGCCAAGGUCACCAAGGCUGCUGCCAAGAAGAAGUGAAGCAUUUCUUAUCAGCUUUUUGUCAAGUGGACGUGGUCGUUUUGUGUUGUUAAGUUGGCGGAAAAUGUUGUUGAUGGAGGGUUGUUCGUGGUGGCUUUUCGAUGUCCGUUGUUAGAAUUUAUCAUGUGAACAUGGUGGUAAUGGUUGUAGUAGGACGGAGUCGCUGUUUAGUAAUGUUUUUCAAUUUGCCUGCGUCGGAGGUGCUCUCUCUUUGUCCACUAGAGCGCGCAGUUCAACAGUUUUGCCCUUAUUUUUGCAUCGAACAGUUAAUAUUGGGCAAGUGACUUUCUGUUUUGCAAAGCUUAUCGGUAUGGUCAUUACAGUAGUUAUAUCAAGGCUGCAAGUGUCCACAGCUCAACAAGAUGGAAGAGUUCAUUACUGAUGCCGUCGCUCUGUUGGUGUCACGAUCAUGUGUCGACUGUCGAGUAAUACGAAUGCAAUUGGUACUCCUAGGACUCAGAGUUCAUACAUACAGAAUAGAGCUAGGCUGUGUACAAUCUGGGGGUCACUUGUACUGAUGGACCUGCCCCUGGAAAACUGAAUGCACAAUUAUAGUCCAAUAUAAUGCAAAGCUACAAGAUUUUGCCAUUCUUACGUUUAAACACUGCUGAGAUUUCGACGCAAAACUCCUAUCAGCAAAACCUCAAUAUCUAGUAUCACUCCUAUCAUUUCUGGUAGGGCAUGGAGUUACGCUGGACUACCAGGUCCAAACAUGGUUGCCGAUUGGAGAGAAAUAGGCAUCAACCACUCUUCCGGUGAAUUACAACUCUUUGUCAAUGUCAUUGUCAUUCUCUUUUUCGGCUGCAGCCUUCUCAGCUUCUUCCAAAACAAACGCCUUAAGCGAAU